ACUCGAGCUGGAGCUCACACACAGGGCUGGAUAAAACUCCACACGCAGCAGAGGAGCACUGCGCUGCUGGGAUCGGCGUUUAGGAAAGUUGGGAGCUCAUCCUCAGAUCCGCGUUUGGGCAGAACUCAGCUCUGAUAUUCCGGAGGAAACUCUUCCUUUGUGUUGUGUGUGAAGUUCAGCUUCUGACCCACACAGACGCACUGAGAGUGGAUUAACUGAGGAGGACCUGGGGGAUCAGGGCAGACUAUGCAGUGCCCGAAGGAAACGCUGACCUGACAUGGACUACACUUACAGAAUCUCACAGGAAGCAACGUAUUUUCCUCAAACGGCGGCUUGCGGACGUGCAAGGCAGCCCAGUCGGAGCGUAUGAUGAGCAAAUGAGCGAAGUUCACCAGGCCUGAGACUGCGUGUUGGCUUAAUUAGUGAACAAGCCUCAUUAGCUAACACAGCCCAGCUCUCCACUCAAUCCUCCCUGCUUAUCGCCCAUAUCGUCCAGUUCUGUGUCCUCAGCCAUGCAGCUGUUGCUGCUGUUAGCCGUGCGCUGUCUCUGGCUGAGCUGGGUCUGCGCCAUGCAGCACUACCCGGCCUCAUGGGGGCACUACGACGUGUGCAAGUCGCAGGUUUACACGGAGGACAGACUGGCCUGGCAUUACAUGGCCUGCCAGCCUGAGGCCACCGACAUGACUAAAUACCUGAGAGUAAGCCUGGACCCCCCCAACAUCACCUGUGGAGACCCUCCGGAGAUGUACUGCGCUCUGGAGAACCCGUACAUGUGCAACAACGAAUGUGACGCUGCCACGGAGGAGCUCGCCCACCCGCCUGAGCUGAUGUUCGAUUUCGAGGGUCGAAACCCCACAACCUUCUGGCAGUCGACCUCGUGGAAGAAAUACCCGAAGCCCCUGCAGGUCAACAUCACCCUGUCCUGGAACAAAUCCAUCGAGCUGACGGACGACAUCGUCAUAACAUUCGAAUCGGGCCGUCCCGAGCAGAUGGUUCUGGAGAAGUCUCUGGAUUUCGGUAGGACGUGGCAGCCGUACCAGUUCUACGCCACGGACUGCCUGGACGCCUUCACCAUGGAGCCAAAGGCGGUGCACGAACUGACACAGCGCACCCUGCUGGACAUCAUCUGCACCGAGGACUACUCCCGAGGGUACGUGUGGAAAUACGACAAAACUGUUCGCUUCGAGAUUAAGGACCGCUUCGCCCUCUUCGCCGGACCACGGCUGCACAACAUGGCCUCUUUGUACGGCCAACUGGACACCACCAAGAACCUGAGGGACUUCUUCACCCUCACUGACCUGCGGAUCCGGCUCCUACGGCCUGCUACGGGCGCCACCAUGGUGGACGAGAACAACCUGUCCAGAUACUUCUACGCCAUCUCGGACAUCAAAGUGCAGGGCAGGUGUAAGUGUAACCUCCACGCCAACAGCUGUGUGUUUGAGAAAGGAAAGCUGAGCUGUGAGUGUGAGCACAACACCACAGGACCAGACUGCUCACGCUGUAAAAAACACUACCAGGGCCGAGCGUGGAGCAUGGGCUCCUACCUGCCCAUCCCUAAAGGCACCGCCAAUAUUUGUAUUCCAAGCAACCUUGGCACAGCAGCUCGACCAAAUGUUUCCUCUCUUGGAGUGGCAAACCGAAACCAAGCUCAAGUUUGUGAUAACGUCCUCCUGCGCUGUCAGAAUGGAGGUGUUUGUCACCAACACCAGCGCUGCCAGUGUCCAGCGGGUUUCUCCGGGGUUCUGUGCGAACGGGUCCAGUGCCAGGGUGAAUCCUGCCAGGAUCUUAACUCUGGCCAGGUCAGCCACAGCCUCCAGUCCAGUGGCCAGUUUCUGGUCAUUCUGCUGGUGCUUGUUUCCUCCAUGCUGGACACCUGGGACCUAUCAUCACUCUGAAAAAAUAAAAGGGACGGUCAUCAUGAGCAGCAACAGUAAGAAUGAACCGAGAAUUGUGAGGCAUUUGGGUUGGUAUGAUGGUCUCGUUGGGCUUUUAUACUGAGCCACCAGCCUCCACUGAACCAGAAUUAUCAGCCAACUGACCUCUCCAAGCUUCAACCACAAACAAGGUUUUUUUUGUAGCAACUGUUGUGAGGUUGGAAAACUUUUACAGACCACUGGUAAAAACCCUAUUUAAGCUGAUGUAACCUGUAACCCCUCAUCAAAGAGCCUACGUUUUGAGUGUGUUAUUAAGGGUUAAUUGGGCUUUUAACAUUGUGACCUGUCCAAGCCUUUAUAUCUCUUUCUCAUUCACCAUCCCUGAGUUGCUUGAGUUUUACUGAGGCAACAUUUUUGUCUGUAUUUUGAUCUGCAAUGUUGGUAUAUAUACAGUACUGUGCAAAAGUCAGAGACCACCCUUUCUUUUAUUUCAGGUGAAGUGAAAACAGUAAUUUAGUGCAAGUUAUUGAUUUUUCAGGAAAAAUGAAUAAGGAUAUUAGACAUAAGAUAAUCCACAAAUUGGAAAAAAAAAAACUGUGCCUCCUAACAACCACGUGGAAGAC